UUCAUGGAGGAAGCUCUUAAGGCUGCCAGUGGAGAGGGAAACAUUGAUGCCUUGUAUAAGCUCAUUGAGAAGGAUCCUGAGAUUUUGGACAGCUUCAACAAAGUCCAAUUUGUUCACACUCCUUUGCACGAAGCUGCAAAAGCAGGCCAAGUCGAUUUUGCCAUUGAACUAAUGACAUUGAUGCCAUCAUUUGGUAGGAAGCUGAACCCUCAAGGGCUAAGCCCUCUUCAUGGGGCAAUUAUAGAUGAAGCAGAUGAACCUGAAGAGAGGAGGAGGAGGAAAAAUGAAACUGCACUAGCCUUAAUAAAAUUAGACGCUGAGCUCAUCCGAGUAAAAGGGAGGGAAAGGAUGACCGCUCUGCAUCAUGCAGUAAAAGAAAAUAAUUUGGAACUUUUGGCUGAAUUCCUGUGUGUUUGCCCAAAUGCAAUUGAUGAUUUGACGAAUAAGUUCCAAUCUGCAGUCCAUAUUGCUGUAAAAGAGAGAAAGCUCGAGGCACUUGACGUCCUUCUGGGAUGGCUGUUGAGAAGGAACAGGGAAGAUGUGCUCGGUUUCAAGGAUGAGCACAGAAAUACUGCAUUGCACAUUGCAGUUGAAACUGAACAGGCUGAGGUUGUGAAGAAGUUAAUUCACAAAGUCAAAACAAAUUCGUUGAAUUCAAAAAAUUUAACAGCUUUGGACAUCGCCGUGCAAAAGCAAAACCUUCAGAUUAAAGAAAUCUUGCAACGCGGUGGAGGCAGAUCUGCAGCCCUCAUCCCACCAAUGGAAGUUCUUCCUCAGUUCUUGAGAUCGAGAGAGGGUUUUGCUGAGAGACCACUCAGGCUACUAAUUUACAUGGAAAAGGAAAUGUCCUUCGACAUGCGCAAUGUUAUACUAGUUGUUGCAGUUUUAAUUGUCACAGCUGCUUUCCAGGGAAUACUCCAGCCUCCUGGUGGAUUUUGGCAAGGGAAUGCAGAAAUCACCAAUCAAACAGUCUCUAGAAUCAAUUCAGCUAAUAACAGAGCCAAUCUUGACGUAUAUGAUCUCCGAAAACAAUUCCAGGCGAAACAAGUGGCUGGAAAAGUAGUUAUGAGCUACCACAAUUUCAAUGAGUUCAUAGCUGGCAAUACCGUGGCUUUCGUUUUUGCAACUAUGGUAAUUUUCUCGGUGCUCCCAGGUCGGCCUUAUAUAUUAGGUCUUCACAUUUCUCUAGUUUUUCUAACCUACAGCUAUCUUAAUGCAAUUCAGAUCAUAGCAGAGCUGAGUAAGAGUACUAAGUUCUUGAUCAUUAUUUCCUGGUUUGUCAUUUCUGUUGCAUUUGGAGUGAGGAUUUUCCUGUUUAUUGCAAAAGCUCUAUUCUAUGAUGCUUGGUGGCUGCCCAGGCUGUCUCUGCUAGCUACAAACUCCCUUUACCAAAUCCCCAUCAAGGGGGUAGAAAGAAUUAUCCAGUUUGGUUACCGGCUUAAAAUGCAACACAGAGUAAGCAGAUUAUAAACUGAAUAGUUGAUCAAAUCAUCCGGUCAUUAGGAGCUCAAGUUAGAGAAUCUUCCAAUCCACCAGUGUCUCCAUGGCAGCCAAAAUGUGGCCAAUGCAUAACAUGAAUUAGCUUUGUGGAAAUGAGAGGAGGAAUGUAUGAUAACUCUGUAAUGGAUUUGCAUUUUGU